AUGGCGGAAGCGCCCAUCAAACGAGUCGCCAUCAUCGGUGCGGGGCCUGCCGGUGCCAUUGCCAUCGAUGCAUUCGCGCAGGAACAGGCCUUUGAUGUUAUCCGGGUCUUUGAACGUCGAGAGCAAGCCGGAGGAUGCUGGCUCUACGACGAGGGCCAUCCUCGUCUUGCGAAUAUCAACGAAUUAGCCAAUCGCCAAACGGUAGAUCCUCCGGUCGAAAUACCGGCCAAAUUGCCCAGGCAGAGUACCAAGCAAAGCCACAAUCGAUAUCUGGAAACCCCAGUGUAUCCCUACCUGGAAAGCAAUGUUGACGCCGACGUGAUGGGAUACUCACAGGAGCCGGUUCCAGCGGAAAGAAGUCAACGCUCAAUUGCCCUCCACGGCGUGGAUACUCCAUUUCGGCCAUAUCAAGUCUUCCAGAAGUACAUUCAGGGUCUGGUCAACAGGAAAGGCUACCAAGACCUGGUCGAGUACAACACCACUGUAGAGCGCGCAACCAAGAAGAAUGGUGAGUGGGAGCUCGUUCUGAGAAGAAGUGGCGACACGACCGACUAUUGGUGGAAGGAGACCUUUGAUGCCGUGGUGGUGGCGAGCGGACACUACGCAGUACCAUAUUUCCCUCUAAUUCAAGGAUUACAAGAAUUCGAACAAAACUUCCCCGGGUCGGUGAUUCAUUCCAAAGCUUACCGAGGCCGGGACAGCUACCGGGGCAAGAAAGUGAUCGUCGUGGGCGCGUCAGUGUCGGGCGCUGAUACAGCUGUUGAUCUCCUCGGGGUUGCGCAAUCGCCGGUGUACGCUGUGGUGAAGGGUCACAAAACAAAUAUGUAUUUUGGGGACCACGCCUUCCAGCAUCCAGCCAUCAAACAGCUGCCUUCAAUCCAGCGCGUUGAUCCGAAGUCGAGGACAGUCUUCUUCGCAGACGGAGAGACGGUGCCAAACGUUGACGCCAUCAUCUUUGCCACGGGGUAUACGUGGACACUGCCCUUCCUGCCACAGAUCCCCAUCAGGAACAACCGCAUUCCGGAUCUGUACUUGCAUAUAUUCCAUCAGAGCGACCCAACGCUGGCUUUCAUAGGAGCGAUAGGAGCCGGCUUGACAUUCAAAGUGUUCGAAUGGCAGGCAGUGAUCGCCGCCCGCGUUCUUGCCGGGCGUGCCACGCUUCCAUCGCUGGAGGAGCAGAAGGCGUGGGAGCGCGAUCGAAUUGCGGAGAAAGGCGAUGGUCCAGCUUUCACAGUCCUGUGGCCCAAGUUUGAGGAAUAUUUCGAGACAAUCCGCAAACUUGCGGGCGAGCCAUCACCGACGCGGCCGGGCAGGAAACUUCCGCCCUUUGACACGCGCUGGGUCAAGGCUUUCCUCGAAGGUCACCAGAGGAGGAUAAAAAUGUGGAAACGGGCAAAUGCAGAAGCGGAGGAGCGCGUCAAAGAAGCCGCACUAGUUCUAGCGAAGCUUUAG